CUCUAACAACCUCUCGUUGCUGCAACCAACUGGUUCUCAAAUGACAUCACAAGAGCACAAGGACAUAGGAGCCAGAAGUAGAGACACAAGAGACUGCACAUGCUGGAAAUCUGGAACAACACACAAAGGAGCUGGAGGAAUUCUGCUUGCCGAUGUGCUGCAGCCAGGGUCAAGUGCCCAGGACGGAACGAAUGAAAAGGCCUGCUGAGUCAGGGAGACUGCAGAGGACCCGUGGACACCAGCACACACUCAGCCUGUCCAAGAAGAAGACACUAUAUUGGGCCAAAACACCAAAAUAACUUCAGGAAUGCUGAGCUUAAAAUUACCUCGUCUCCUCAGCAUCAAUCAAGUGCCCAAAGUAUUCCAUGAACACAGCAUUAUCUUCGGCUACCGCCAACCAAGAUGUACGGCCACGGAUUGCUUAUUCAGCCUCUUCCAGCUGACGAAUGAGACUGUGAACAUUUGGACCCACUUCCUGCCAACCUGGUACUUUGUCUGGAACUUGCUGGCCCUAUCCUACACGCUGGACUUUUGGAAUGAAACUUAUACAUGGCCUCUCCUCGUCUACAUGGUGUCAGCUUGUAUCUAUCCUUUUACCUCGAGCUGUGCCCACACAUUUAGCUCAAUGUCCACUCGAGCGAGGCAUAUCUGCUUCUUUUUCGACUACGGAGCUCUUAGCCUCUACAGUCUAGGCUCUGCCACUGUCUAUGGAGCCUACAUCAUGCCGGACAAGUGGAUCAACAGCACCUUCCACAAGUGGUUUGUGCCUGUUUCUGUCUUCAACACCGUUGUUUGCACUGCUCUAUCGUGUUACUCCCGGCUUGGGAUGCCCUUCAUCCACUUUAACUGCAGCGUCUCAGAACGAUUUCCAGAGCAGGAACACCCAAACGUGAGCAAAGUCUUGCGAAUUUUGGCGUUUGCUUAUCCAUAUUUCUUUGAUAACAUCCCGCUGUUUUACAGGCUGUUCCUUUGCACAGGAGAAGGAUGUGCACACAAUGAGACGAUUCCUAUCCACUACAGACACGUGGUGCUUGCAUUCCUGACCGGCUUCCUGUUUGCGACUCACUUACCCGAGCGCCUUGCUCCAGGGAGGUUUGACUACAUUGGUCACAGUCAUCAGCUGUUUCAUAUCUGUGCUAUCAUAGGCACACACUUCCAGAUGAAAGCUAUCACUAUGGACAUGACGUUGCGCCAAGCUUGGCUUACACUUCAUGCGUCUUUGCCCUCAUUCAUGGACACAAUUGGUGCGGUUAGCCUUGCCCUUCUGGUGAACCUCCUCAUCAUUGCACUGUUCUCUCUGGGCUUGUACUGGAAACCAAAGAUGCCUGAAGUGAAGAAUCAACACCACACUGAGAAAUUAAAGGUCGAUUAGGACAACACACCUUGCCUUGGCCCAGCUGAGGAAGAGGCCAAGAUUACUGAAGGAGAAAAGCAUUUGGAAAUCCACCUCAGUUCAAUACUCUGACAAGGGAAGAAAUGAAGUACACAUUUACUUAAAAGGACUAGAAUUCCCAAAUAAUAUGCUGUGCCUUUAAUGAGUGUAUGGUAACCUUUAAUAUGCUUGUGCCUGGUGCUGUGGAUAUUUAGAUUACACCAUUAUGUUUUUGCGUUAUAAAACUGGUCUUGGAUGAGUACAGGUUGGUUCAGUGGCCUCUGUAUCAACUCAGUGCCUCUGAAAGCUGUUGCAUAAAGGAGGUAAAAGCUCUCCUGUUUGGAUGGAAGAUAACAUUGUGCCUUUCCUCCAGAAGAGAUUUGAUUGGGGUUUUAUCUCCGAGACCAGGUUAUGAGAGUUUGAGAAAAAGACAUCUCUUGCUGUAGUUGAAUCAACAGAUGUUCUUGUCAAUGUAUGUUCCAGGAGGUGUUUAAGAACUAAUUACCACCCUAGCUCAAGGAAGAACCAGGCAAUUAUCAUUGUUAGGCUGUAAUCUUGAGAAAAUGGACCAAAUUUAAAGAAACUGACAUCUUAAUUUUGCCCUCAAGUUUGGCCAGAGCUAGAUUUAAAGGAGGCACUUGCAAGAGAAAAAUGGGGUAGAGAGGAAGAGAAGUUUAGGAAGGGAAUUUCAAACCUUAAGACUUAGCGGGUGAAGACACAGCUAACAGCAAUGGAGCAGUUCACUGAUUUUCAUCGGAAGAGACCUUCGUUGCAGGUAUAGAAAGAUCUUGGAGGUUUAUCAGGCUGGAAGAGAUCACGAAAAUGGGAGAGGUGAGGCCAUUGGGGAAUUUAAACUCAUGACAGAGAAUUUUAAAAUGAAUUUAAACAAUGUUACUCUGCAUCUAACUCAUUAUAUUAAUGCUUAAACGUAGCCUGAAAUGCCACCUCCCAAGAUCUCUAAGGUACUCCGAAUGUUUCUUCUUCUUGUUGUAAGGGUGCCCUUGCUUUGCCUUACCUUAUCACUGUUCUCCUUAGAUUAAUGAGUUCUUGUCCAGAAUAGGCUAUUUAAUUUAAGGUUACAGAAAACGUUUUGUCCAGGACUUCCUUGAAGAUGUUGAGUGGAGAAUUUCUCCGAUUGCCAGAUUGUAAGAAUAUACUUUGCUUCUCACAUGAAGAAAGUUGAAUGUAAAGAGGCACUGAAAAAUCAGGACCACGCUUUUUUUUGAGCACAGUGAUCAAAGAAAUAUUUCCCCACCUCCAGCUCAAAAGCAUCUGUUUUUGUUUUCUCAAUAAAGCUUUUCUGUUAGUAUAUUAUGAUGUUAGGAUAAAAUACAUUGAAUUCAGCAAUUUAGCAUUUCCUCGCUGAAAGAUGUAGGUCAAAAUUCAAACUGUGAAUUAUGUUGUCAUCACCAAACUGUAUCAUUGGUAGGACUGAGCUCCCAAGAGUCUAUUCAGAAUGGUACCAGAGAUGAGGGAAAUCUAGAGAAUCUGUAAUAGCCUUCUAGAAAAGAGAUUAAGGGAGAUUCAGAAGUCAACAAACGGUAUCUUUUUCAGUUUUUUUUGUGUGAAUCUAUGCGAACGAAUGUAGCAUUAAAAAUGUUAGCAAAGAAAGGAAGUUCAACAAAAACAGGCAUAAAUCUUCUAAGAUGUUGCUGAAGCAUUAUGUUAGACAAUAAGAUUCAAUUGUACCUUUUCUAACUUUUGGAGUUUGGCAAUGUUGUAAUGUAGGAAACGGUAAUUUAGUAAUUUUAUCAACACAAAGCAACAAGUUAGAAACAUUUCACAUAUGCUCAGUGUUUUAACAGAGAAUACAAUCCAUUUACUUUGAAUGGAAAUUUAGUGUGUCUGUUACAAGUGAGGAACAAAGAAAUUUGACACGUGCACAUUCAAGUUUCAGAUGCUAAUGUCACGUGGGAUGGCUACACCCCUAAGAGCAACAGAAACCUAGACAAACCCCCUGCUCCAAACUCAAACCAGUGAUGGUUCUAAUGGGAAUUGGACCUUAAAAUGUAAUAUAAUAUUCCACUUAAAGGUUAGAGAUUUCAUUAUCCUACAUGUUGAAAACUAAAUUGGCUCAAAACCUGUGACAAUCUUGUGCGAUCAGGGUAGAGGCUACAUGUCUACUUUUUUAAGAAAGCACUGAAGCUUGCAUUUUCAUUUGCCUAAUGUUAAACUCGGUCUCAAAAGGUCAAAGCAUCCAUCCAACCAUCAAUGAUUGAUUUUCUAGUUAAUGUACUUACAGGGAAAGGCAAUCCUAGAACCGUAGAAAAUCCUCAUAUAAUUUUGCAAGGGGUUCCUGAAUGCCUUUGGUGUGUGUUACUUAAAACAGAUUGAAAUGUUGUAGUUGUUGAAUGGAUGAUGUUGUGGGGCAGAAUAGCUGGACACUGACUGUAUCCAAUGCUGGAGGAGUCCGGAAUGAGGGGGCUUUGAUACAAGAUUCAACAUAAGAGAUUUAGGAUAAGACUUUUUUUUGCACAAAGAAUUGUAGAGUAUGUAAGUAAUUGAAACAGAGAUUCUACUACCCUUAAGGCCAGUUGAAGAUGAGGGGAAUAAAGGGUUGAGAGAAUAGGGAAAGGUUAUAGAAUCCAAAUCACUGCCCAUGUGGAGGAUAAUAAUCAGCUUAAAGAUGACUGGAUUGAAUGGACUGUUUGUCUAUUGUAACCUUGAACUGGUUGUCAUGUUCUGAGGUUUAUUCUAUGUUAUAAAACAAUAUCUUGUAUUUUGAGCCAAUGUAAAUGUUUGUCCCCCAUGUGCCUUAAAAAUGGAGUGACAGACUUAGUACAUAAAAAAUAGCGCAUUUGCUUCUCAAACAAUUUUCAAUUAUUAAUAUAUCUUAAAGGUACUUAAUGUUGCUUUUUAUAAAGAGCGUGGUGCUGUCAUAAAGAAAUGAUAGGAUACUACUAAAAGGGCUAUUUAACAGGAAUAAUGAUGAACACACUAUUGAUUAAUCCUGAGAAAUUACCAAUGGGUAUCGAUGGUCUUCAAAGUAACUAUUUUCCCCCAUUAGAAAUACAGGAAAUGGAUAAGAAACUGUUGAUUGCUUCCCCUGCUCUUAUGAUAGAGGAUCAUGUGCCUAUAGACAUCUGAGAUGUUUAAAAACAUCUGAUCUUAUUGGUUUUCGAUAAUUAACCCUUACCCUGCUGAACAGAUAGAAACUAAAGCCCAGACGGUUAUCCCAACAAUGUUGAAGAGAAUAGUUUAAAGACUGCAAAGCCAUCAAAUAGUAACUAUAGUAAGAGAGAAAGGAAAGGUACAAAAUGAGGUCAAGAAGAGUUAAGAAAAUGUCCUCUAUUAUAUAUUCUUUUGAAAGAUCAGGGAAUUGAGGGCUAUGGGAAAUUGGCAUAGAAGAGAAAAUGAGGCCUGGGACAGAUCAUAUUGAAUGGUGGGGCAGGCUUGAGGGCCAAGGUGGCCUACUUCUGCUCCUACCUUCUAAUGUUUCUUAUGUUCUAGAUGCGUGACAUUGAACUCUGCUCCACUGAGGUUGACUCUGAAAGUGACAAAAGAGCCAAUCCGUUCAAGGGCAAAUGGGUUUGGGUAAAAUGCUGGCCUUGCUAGUGAGGUGCACAUCCAAUGAAUGAAUAAAGAACUUUAUAUUCCAGCUUUAUACCAUAUCCCUUGAUUCUCUUAGUGCUCAAAAAUCUACUUGUCUUAGCCUUAAUUAAAAUCAAAUGAGCUUUCAUAUCCCUUUGGGGCAUUUUCCAAAGAUUCACAACUCUCUGAGUGAGGAAAUCUCUCACCUCAGUGAUAACUGGUUGAUCUCUUAUCCUGAGACUGCACUCUCCCUCGAUCUUUAGCCAGGGAAAACUGCCUCUCACCAUCUUACAUGGGUAAAUGUUGCACUAUUUAUUUAUAUUGUAAGUUAUAGUCAUUUUUAUGUCUUUGCACUGUACUGCUGCCGCAAAACAACAAAUUUCACGUCAUAUAAGUCAGUGAUAAUAAACCUGAUUCUAAUUCCUCUAAACUCCAGUGAGUAUUGGACAAUUCUCUUUACUCUCUCCUUGUACCUUCAUCCCAGAAACAAUUGGACCGUAAUUUGGAAGCACAUCACUGCAAAAAUUCAUCAUACCUCACAAUCAGGUUGGUGAGAUGUCUCAAGACAAUCACAGAAUGAUAGCAACAUGCAGCACAGGAGACCCAUCACAUCCACGUCAGUAAACAAAGAGAUUUGAGAUUAUCUUUAUCUCUAGGUUACUGCAUUUCAAGCACUCAGUUUAGUACCUUAUAAGCUUUGAAAUAGGUUUCUGUCUUCACCACGACCACAGGCAAUAAGUUCCAGAUCUCCAACAGUUUGGGGAUGAGGAUUUUUCCUCAACUUCUUUUAAUCUUUCCAGCAGUAAAUUUAAAGUUAAGAAACCUGAUUAGCUACCUAUCUUUCAAGGGAAGUAGUUCAUUCUUACGCACCCAGUCUGGGCUUCUCCUAAUGUUGUAAUAGUUCAGUUAAAUCUCCCUGCGGUCUCCUUUGUUCCAAAGAAAGCAAACUUGGCCUCGUCAUCUCUCCUCAUAAUAAUUCUUCAACUUUGGCAGCAUCUCAUAGCCACUAGAUACGGAACAGAUGCACAAAAAUGCUACCUAUAUCCAGCGGUGCUGCUUCCCAGCUCCAGAGAUCCAGGUUCAGCCCUCACCUUGACCUGUGUGGACUUUGCAUGUUCUCCGUUUGAUGUCGUGGGUUUCCACAGUGUAAUUCACCACUGUAACUUGCUCCUAGUGUAGGUGGGUGGCAGGAGAGUUGGCGGGGGAGAGGAGGUAGUGGAUGAGGAAACAAGAGGGGAAGAAAGGGAUCAGUGUGUGGAUGUUUGAUGGUCAGUGUGAUUCUGGCAGGCUGAAGAGCCUUUUUCCAUCCUGUUUGACUCUGUGAUUUGAAAACUGACCAGGCUUUGGGCUGAGAAAGGAUAAACCCAGCCAAGUAAAUCCCAAAUUUUUUCCAGCUUUUCUGGGGAAGUCUGCAAUGACCAAUGUUUUCAAUCUGAGUGUUACUAGUGAAAGGCUGGCAUUUGCUUACCUGUCUUUUUUUAUAUAUUCAUUUAAGGGACGUAGGCUGAGCCAGCAUUUAAUUGCCCCUGAGGUGGUGGUGAGCUUCAUCCUUGAACCGCUGCAGUCCCUGAGGUGUGGGUACACCCACAAUGCUAUAAGGGAGGUCCAGGGUUUUGACCCAGCAACAACGAAGGAACGGUGAUAUGUUUCCAAGUCAGGAUGGUGUGUGGCUUGGAGGGAAACUUCCAGGUGGGGGUGCUGCCCUUGUUCUUUGCCUGAUCCUAUUACCUUAUCUGUUCAAACCCAACAGCCAGCUUGCACACAGCAAGGAAAAUCCAACAAGCAGUAAAUGAGAUGGAUGACCUGUCUGUUUUUGGUGUUAGCUGGGGAGGAACGUGGGGAGGUUCCUUGCCUUCUUUGUAACUUCUUCAACAUCCAUCUGAGUUUACCCCUGCAGCUGAGCUCAGUUACACCCCUGGCAACGCAACGCACCAUCAGUACUGAAGCAGCAGACUUCUCCAUGUGCUCAACUGGUUAAUUGGGACUGGAGGCCAUUACACUCAGAGUCUGAGGCACUAGCAGCAUAGUGACGCAGCUGCUGCCUCACAGCUCCAGCAACCUGGGUUCGAUCCUGACCUCGGGUGCUGUCUAUGUGGAGUUUGCGUGUUCUCGCUGUGACCACAUGUGUUUCCUCCGAGUGCUUCAGUUUCCUCCUACAUCCUAAAAACUUGUGACCUGGUAGGUUAAUUGGCCACUGUAAUUUACUCCCAGUGUGUAGAGUGGUAGAGGGUGGAGAGAAUCUGGGAAUGUGGGGAGAAUGAAAAGGGAUUAGUGUAUAUUGGUGCUAGAUGGUAAACCAAAGGACCUGUUUCUGUGCUGUGUCUCUCUACAACUCUAUGACAAUAUAGCUUGGACUGCCAAAGGUGGCUGAAGGCAUUCCUGAAGGUUUGAUCCUGGCACAUGUCUCCUCACCCAAUCAAACGGUCUUCCGGCAACAAACAAGCUGGUGAAAGAAUUCAGCAGAUCAAACAGCAUCUGUGGGAAGAAAGGAACUGUCGAUGUUUCGGGUCGAAACCCUGCAUCAGUCCUGAAAACAAUUCUUUUCCUCCCACAGAUGCUGCUCGACCCGCUGAGUUCCUCCAGCAGAUUGUUUGUUGCUCCAGAUUCCAGCAUCAGCGGUCUCUUGUGUCUCCAAUUAUUUUUCCAAAUCCCUCUCCCAUACAGCCCACAUAUUUUGAGUUACUUCAAAGAAAGUUUUUCUUAGAAAUUGCACUUUUGGCUGUCUUUGUGACCUUGCUUCAAAUUAACCUUUUGUUCACGGAGAUGCCAAAUUAAUAUUGGAGUUAGGAUGAGCUUGGCACAGUGCUGUGUUCAUGGGGUUAAAAAGUCUAACACAAAGCCAGCACCAUAACCUAGAGCUGUAACAAAUCGCCUCAAACUUACCUGGUUGAGGAUUGCACUCCCGGAAAUAUUAAAAUCCAGUUCUAUGGAUAAAAAAGGCCUUGAGGGAUAUGGGCCAAAUGCAAGCAAGUGGAAGUAGAUCUGAUAGACAUCUUGGUCAGCCUGAACGAGUUGAACCAAAGGGCCUGUUUCUGUGCUGUAUAACUCUAUGGCUCUAUGUAUUGGUCCCAACCUAGAACAAACUAUUAAGUACUGAUUUCUUUUGUUUAAAAAAAAGAUUGCUGGCAAUUUUCUGAUAUUUGCAUUUUUUUAUACUUUAAUAUUUUAGCAACAGCACCUUGAAGGGACACAUUACUCUCCAUUUCAUGUAUGUCUGUUAAAAUAAGCAGAUCUUUUAAUGUUAAUUUGAAGUCUCUUGUUACAUAAAAUAUGCUUGUAAAAACAUUCAACCUGUUACAACAUGAUUCGCAAUGCACUUAUUUUAUGUCUCCAAAGCUAGGGGACAUAAAUAUGAAUACUCAGCAGUAAAUCUAAGAGGGAAUUCCAGAGAAAUGGCUUUACCCAGUCCAUGGGGAGAUUGUGGAGCUGGCUAUUACAGUGACCAUUAAUGGAUUGAAUGAAAAACUGGAUAAGGACAAAAGAAAAUCCUUGUAGCACAUUUCACCAACUCAGGGCUUCCAAUGAGAAACUUUUUUAAGUGUAGUCACUGCUGUAAUGUGGGAAAGAUUAGUUGUUAAGUUGUGCAUAGAAAGCUCCCACAAACACCAAUGCAAUGAACAUUUGGUUCAUCCUUUUGUAAUUUUCAUUGAGAGAUGAACGUUUACUAGAUCAUGAGGGAAUUCUCACUUGUCCUCCUUCAACACCAUGUAGUGAGAUCUUUUACAUCCACUUGAAUCAGCCUACAAAGUUAACGCCACAUCAGUACUGCGGUGCAGAGUCUGAAUUCAGAUCUCUGAGGUAGGACUUGAACAAAGAAGCUCUGAUUCAUUAAUUCCCUGAUAAAGUGUCAAGGGACCUUUGGAACUCUGAGCUGUGAAAACUUAGCCUCAAACGCAGAGAAUAAAUUUGAAGUCAUCUCUUUGUUCAGAAGCACAAGUUUUUUUUUCAACCUGUACUUAUAAACUAAUGAUGUUGAAACUUCCUUUUAAGUGUAUAUUUUCACAAUCGGUUUCUUGUCACCUAUUCUAUAUUAAGGUGCUUUCAUGCACCAAGUUACUUAUCAGGUGUUGCAGGUUCUAUGUCUGUAUGUCUGUGCCUUUACUUUUGGAAAAUUACAUCUUAACGAUGAGGAGCAAAGGGAACAUAUUGUGGGAUAUGAUAAAUAUUUCCAAUUGUUGUUCUGGGGGAAUGUGGGGCAAAAUUGGGGAAGCUCGCCUGAACUGCCAGGGAUUUACACUACUGCAGGGAUCCAGUGGUUGCAGAAGGCAGCUCACCUUCACUGUUAAAAAGGAAAUAAAGUUUGGGUAAUAAAUGCCUCUUGCCAAUGAAGUGCACACCCCGUAGAUUUUAAAAUAAUGGUAAUUUUAUUUAUAUUGUCCACAGGACAGCUGAUGUAAAUGGAAAAAUGUUGCACUGAUGAAGGUAUUUGUGUGUCCUGAGAAUUACAAAAAAAAUCUCCCUGGAUGAUAACUAACUUGGGGUUUCUUGACGUUGACACCACACAUGGAUAAAGGAAAGCCUUGCUUGUGCAGUCCUAGCACCCCAGAUCUCUUUAAGAACAAAGUGAAAUAGCAAAUAAAUGAGCCACUGUGACCUCCCACAAAUUAUGAUACAAUACCAUUGACCACAGACAAUGCAACAGGGUGCAUUUUGCCCUAUAGGGGUGAAACAGUUUUGCUUUGCCCUGGGAAUUUACGAUGCAACUCUGGAAUCAAGUGAGGUCAAUUGAGAUUCUCUCCUCUGGAUGAGCCUUGCAUUGUUGCAUUUCAAAGUCAGAGCAACCAUCAAAGCCUAUUUAACACUGGUGCAAACUGCCUGGUGCUAAGUAGAAUCACAGGCUGGCAAAGAACUUAGACAAAGGGGAAAUUAAAUAUGUAUAUAUUAAUCAGCCAGGUUUAUGUAUGAGUCUGCGUCAGCCUGGCUACAGUUUAUCGUGUGUUCUGAAUACAGGAAAAUGUAGUUUUGUGUUUAUGUGGGAUGUGAAUUGUAUUGUUCAAGCUCUUUCUGUUCCUUCAUUGAAAUGCAAUUAAGUUACUUUAAUCAGAUAACUGCACUAAGAUUGCAACUUUGUGAUUCCUUUGACUACUGACGUAUCUUUAGACGAUGAGAAUUCUACAUUUUCAGCUGUAACUUGUUUGUGCAAGAUAUUCUAUUUUUGUUACAGUGUUCACAACUAACACUGAAUUCAUAGUGUUAGUGGGAAAGUAAAUGAUGUUAUUUAAUAACAAAAAAAGUCAAAUUGUGGUUUGUGAUGGAGAAAAGGGGUGAGUUUCGACUGAUUUUUGGCUGCUGCAUUCAGCUCAAUGAUCGACUCUCUCACACAGCUCCCAGAUAUCUCUAACCUCUUCUGGAGGUUAUGUGGUGUCUGCUGUCUUUACAGAACUGUCAUCAAAAACAUGCAACUGUCCAUUUAUAUGUUUCUAUCAUGGUUUCAUUGCUGCAGUGGCUUCCAAUGCAGUAAGUUUCCAUGGCUAAAAGCACACACCUAUUGUAUUUGAUGUGUUAUCAUCAUCUUA